CACGUGUCUAACGUCCAACAGCCAUUUUUGUAAAACACAAACAACAAGACGACCGAGCGAGACAGAAAAAAACUCAUUGCGACCGUUGCAGAUACGGCAAAGAAUAGAAAAUAGAUAUAUGUACAAUUGAGCUUCGAAACUCACACGAGACGAGUGUUGAAAACAGAGACUCAGCAGUUCAAACCGUCGGUUCAUGCGAAGCGAAAAGAGGAGUGAGCUCUUUAAGGAAGAUUCAACUCUGGAGAAAACAGUGGCUGGCUAGUUUUAGCCUAGCUGGCCAGCAGGCUCGCAGAAGAGGUGUGGGCAGUUGGGAGCUGAAGGCUUGCAUAUGUAAAAAUAAUACACAGGAAUUCAGAGUAAAGAUAAAAGAUCAAAAAUUGAGAGAAGAGUUACCCAGCAAUAGUUACGGCAUUACAAACUGCCCAGAAAGAUUAUUUCCAACAGUGAUCGCUGUUAUUUAUGCUGCCACAAAUUCUUAAUCAUAGUGUAUUUUGUCUCUUUUCUCUAAGAAGUUUUGAACUUGCUAAGAGUCUUUUUUUUCCCUGUUUUUUUUUUUUUAAGAUCUGACGUUACAGGCACAUUAAGGUGGUGUGCCAUCUUUUGGAGCUCUUAUAUCUGGCUAGAUAUUCAUCAGCCUUUAUCUCCCUAAAACUGGCAGCUAUUUCAAUAUUCAUAGAGAGUUUAGAUUUACCAAGUCCACCUCAGCACACAAAGAACCACCGUACAGGUUCUGACAGAACCACCUCAUUCCUGUUCCCCGUUCAGCCUGGUCCUUUACAGUCCUGUUCUUUGGACAAGAAACUUUGAGCCCUCUGGACACACAGAAUAUGACUGCUGAGACACUUAACUUCGGUCCAGAAUGGCUCCGUGCACUAUCCAGAGGGGCGAGUGUGACGUCCCCUCCCCCUUCCCCUGCAAUGCCAAAGUCCAAGUUGGCCGACUACCGUUAUGGCCGCGAGGAGAUGUUAGCACUUUAUGUCAAAGAUAACAAGAUCCCUGAAGACAUGCAGGAUAAGGAGUUUGCUGCUAUCCUGCAGGACGAGCCUCAGCAGCCACUGGCCUUGGUGCCUCUGACUGAGGAGGAGCAGAGAAACUUCUCCAUGUCUGUGAACAGUGUGGCUGUGCUAAGGCUUAUGGGUAAAGGAGGUGGAGCUGUGCCAACAGGUGUAGCUAGAGGUCGUGGAAGCACUCGAGGAGGUCGAGGGAGAGGCAGAGGAGAGGGCGGAUUCUACCAAAGAAGUGUGGAUGAAGAGGUCGGCUUUGGCCGAGGACGAGAGAUGCAUCGCAGCCAGAGCUGGGAUGACAGAGGUGAGCGGCGCUUUGAGAAGCCCUUGAGGCGUGAGGUUGGCCGUGGUGGAUUUGAGGAUAGUGGAGCAGUAGCAAGGAAGGACUAUGCACGUUCUGACAGUGAUAACUGGCGAACUCUCCGAGAAGAGCAGGAGGAAGAGGAGGCGGCAGCAGAACCUGGAGGAAGCUGGAGGAUUGCAGGAGGUCGUCGUGAUGAUGGGGGUCCUCGUUCAGCUGGUUGGCGGGAACACAUCAGUGGGGAAGGCCGUCGGAGAAAGUUUGACUUUGAUUUUCGUGAUGGAGAAGGUGGACGGAGGAGAGCGGGAAGUGAGGGAGGAGAGGAAGAACGAGAUGGCCUGCCUGAGUGGUGCACUGAUGAAGAAGAAGGCGAGAUGGGAACCUUUGAUUCUUCUGGAGCCUUCAUGUGCAUCAAGAAAAACUCCAGAGAUGCAAUCCUUGAAGACCAGGAACUGGAAUUUGAGGCUCUGGAGGAGGAAGAGGAGUGUUGUCAGGAAAAGAAAGACAGCCCUGCUGAUAAAUUGGAAGAGUGUGAAGCAGCCACUGUGUAUGAUGGUGACAGGAAGUCAUUAUCAUCGUCUCCUCAUGCUGUGUCUGUGCCUGCCGCUGUACUCCCUUCAGAACAAGAAACCCCCAAACCCAUAAUCGUUCCUCCCCCAAAACCUGCUCCCCAGCCAGCUGAAGAUGCAGUUCCAGCAAGUGGCACCACCUCACAGACACACAGCUCCUCUCCUCCCUCAUCCACUGCUACUGAUCUUCCAGCAGUAGGGGGAGACACAGAAGAGGAAGACGGCAUGAAGCACCUUCAGCAGGAGGCUGAGAAGAUGGUUGCGUCCCUGCAAGACACAUCUCUUGAAGAGGAAUGUUUCACUCACGCUCUUCAGGAGAGCCACAUCUCCGCAGCACACACCCACACACACCCAAAUACACACACACUCUCUCACUCCACUCCACACACUCUCCCUCACUCCGCCAGCGCCCUGCCACUGUCCCACGAAUCUGCAAUGAAGUGGUUCUACAAAGACCCUCAAGGAGAGAUUCAAGGUCCAUUCACUACAGUGGAGAUGUGUGAGUGGUUCCAGGCAGGGUAUUUCGCCAUGAACCUGCUGGUCAAGCGUGGCUGUGAUGAGGGAUUUCAGCCCCUGGGUGAAGUGAUCAAGAUGUGGGGGCGUGUGCCUUUCUCUCCUGGACCCUCCCCUCCUCCACUUCUGGUAAGAGACAAGGGGAAUAUGGACCAGGAGCUGUUGAAGAAACAGUUAGAACAAGCUGCAACUGCAGCCCUUUACCAACAACUCCAGAUGAGAUUUCAGCACAUGAACAGCAGGUGUAGCGAGACUGGCAUGAUGCCUGCGAUGAACAGGUCCAUGUCAGUGCCAGACACCGGGCCCAUGUGGGACAUGCCUACCUCAGUCUCUCAGCAGUCAGGCGGUGAGACCAGUCUGUGGGACUUAACCAUGAGUAACUCCACUCAGGGUCCAACUCUUGAACAUUUGCAGAAAAUCCAGCAGGAGAGGCGUGAAGCUGAACUCAGGGUGAAGCGUGAAGAAGAGGAGAGAAAACGAAGGGAGGAAAAGCGCCGGCAGCAAGAGGAACAGAAAAGGAGAGAGGAGGAGGAGAUUUAUAGAAAAAAGCAGCAGUGCCGCCAGCAGCAGGAGUUGAUCAUGAAGUUUUUGCAGCAGAGCCAGCAGCAGAGCAUGUCUGGGAGCUCAGGGUGGAGCGGAAGCCAGACAGGAGCUCUGUCUUUGGGCAAAGCUACAGGAAAGAGCAUGGGACUCCUGGAGCUGGAGGCAGAGAGAAUUCACAAACAGCAGCAGCAGAGAGCUCAGCAGCAGCAAAGGCAUGGAGGUUUGACAAUGGGCCAAUGGAAUGAUGGGCCAUCAGGGAUGUGGUCAGGAUCUAGCAUGGAUGGGAAGGUCGGAGGGGGCAACCCUGCCAUGGGCAUGUGGGAUGAGGCCAUGAAAAACCAAUCCAGCCAUCGCAACAUUGGCCUGAGGAACAGCCGCAGCAGUCCCUCUCUCAGUGAUCAGUACAUGCUGAAUCGUCGUAAACGUACUGAUGAAGAGGAGAGACUUCUCAAGCUU